AGCUCGGAGUACCCGGAUAACGGCGCCUGUUCUGGGUCCUCGGGAAGCGGUGGUGUCGACGGGGUUGGUGACGGGCGAGUACUGCUGCGACCUUCACUCAGGUAGCACCCACAGGAUUGCCCACCCUCUGGCAGCUCAGUGCAAAGGUGUGAACGCAGCUUGCUUGCUUCAGAGCCUCCCCACCAUGACCUCCAAGAAGCUGGUGAACUCGGUGGAAGGCUGUGCUGACGAUGCCCUCGCUGGCCUGGUGGCCUGCAACCCCAACCUGCAGCUCCUGCAGGGCCACCGUGUGGCCCUCCGUUCUGACUUGGACAGCCUCAAGGGCCGAGUGGCACUGUUGUCGGGUGGGGGCUCCGGCCAUGAGCCUGCCCACGCUGGUUUCAUAGGGAAGGGGAUGCUGACAGGGGUCAUCGCAGGAGCUGUGUUCACCUCCCCGGCAGUGGGCAGCAUCCUGGCAGCCAUCAGGGCAGUGGCCCAGGCGGGCACAGCGGGGACCCUCCUCAUCGUGAAGAACUACACUGGGGACCGGCUGAACUUCGGCCUCGCCCGGGAGCAGGCCUCGGCCGAGGGCAUCCCCGUGGAGAUGGUGGUCAUUGGGGAUGACAGUGCCUUCGCCGUGCUGAAGAAGGCAGGCAGGCGGGGGCUCUGUGGCACGGUGCUUAUACACAAGAUAGCAGGUGCCCUGGCCGAGGCAGGUGUGGGGCUGCAGGAGAUCACAGAGCGGGUGAGCGUGAUCGCCAAGGCCAUGGGAACCCUGGGGGUGAGCUUGUCCUCCUGCAGUGUCCCUGGUUCCAGACCCACCUUUGAACUUGCAGCUGAUGAGGUAGAGCUGGGCCUGGGGAUCCACGGGGAAGCUGGCGUGCGCCGGAUCAAGAUGGCAACUGCUGACGAGAUUGUGACACUCAUGCUCGACCACAUGACCCACUCCUCCAACGUGUCCCAUGUGUCUGUGCAGGCCGGCUCCUCAGUGGUGCUGAUGGUCAACAACCUAGGUGGCCUGUCAUUCCUGGAACUGGGCAUUAUCGCAGGUGCAGCGGUCCGCGCUCUAGAGGGUCGUGGGGUAAAGGUUGCCCGUGCCCUGGUGGGCACCUUCAUGUCAGCCCUGGAGAUGCCUGGCCUUUCUCUCACCCUCCUGCUAGUGGAUGAGCCCCUCCUGAAACUGAUAGAUGCUGAAACCACAGCAUCGGCCUGGCCCAAUGUGCCCAGGGUCUCCGUGACUGGGCGGACGCGGACCCGGGCAGCCCCCACUGAGCCCCCAGAGGCCCCUGACUCCGCUGCUGCAGAAGGCUUUGCCUUGAAGCGGACAGUGCUCGUGCUAGAACAGGUGUGCAGGACCCUCCUGGGCCUGGAGGGACAUCUGAACGCCCUGGACCGUGCUGCCGGCGAUGGGGACUGUGGCACCACCCACAGCCGCGCUGCCAGAGCAAUCCAGGGGUGGCUGAAGGAGGGGCCACCCCCUGCCAGUCCUGCUCAGCUUCUCUCCAAAUUGUCCCUCCUGCUACUGGAGAAGAUGGGAGGCUCAUCUGGGGCACUCUAUGGCCUAUUCCUGACUGCGGCGGCCCAGCCACUCAAGGUCAAGACUGACCUCCCCGCCUGGUCGGCUGCGAUGGAUGCGGGCCUGGAAGCCAUGCAGAAGUAUGGAAAAGCUGCCCCAGGGGACAGGACUAUGCUGGAUUCCCUAUGGGCAGCAGGACAGGAGCUCCAAGCCUGGAAGAGCCCAGGGGCUGAUCUGUUCCAAAUCCUGACCAAAGCAGUCAAGAGCGCAGAAGCUGCCGCCCAGGCCACCAAGAACAUGGUCGCCGGAGCGGGAAGAGCCAGCUACAUCAGCUCGGCACAGCUGGACCAGCCGGACCCCGGGGCAGUGGCAGCCGCAGCCAUUCUCCGCACCGUCCUGGAGGUGUUGCAGAGCCAGGGUGUGUGAAUGCCUCCCUGGUCUCCUGCCUCUGGCUGCUGUGCAGGGCCUUCCCAUCACUUCCUUCUGCCUUCCAGCUGUCACCCUCCCUGCCCCUCAGGCCCAUCCUCUUAGCUCAGCAGGGAAUCCCCUACCAGCCUCCAGGACUACUCCAGUGCAGAACCUGCAGGCCCAGAGCAGGUCACCUGCUCAGCACUGCCCUUUACCUCCUCAGGGAGUGAGGUCCUGGGGUCAGUCUGCUCUGUCCCCAGCCAACCCGGGGCUUCAGCAGUGAGGCACUUUCUUUGGUGGCACGGCACAGUCUUUAGCUGGUGUUGCUGACUCGGUUUUAAGACUCUGGGAAAGGCUUCCUGCACCUGAACCUGAGCCAGUGUGGAAAAGCAAGCUAAUAAACCACAUUGAAGC